AGUAGUAGUAGGAGUAGUGGAACCCCUUUUUUGUUUAUUUCCCUGUUUGCGUGUUGUUGUGUUUUUUUCUUGUUUUUCUUCCCUCGCUUUAUCAUAACUGUGCUCGGCUUAAUACACUUGUGGAAGGUUUAACAGAGAAAGUCGAGAGAAGUGUUGUUGCGUGUCAGAGUGCCCGUCUACAUGCUCAAUUUAUAACCAGAUAAGCCACAACACUAUUGGUAGACCAGAACCCCACCCCCAAAAAAUAUCGCGAGCACAGCAGGAGACGUACAAUUUUGUUCCUUCCUUUUCCUCGCCGCGGCUACCUUCAGAGAGCACGUCUGUGAAAAUCUCGUGACUGCCGAUAUUCUGUCCGCGCCCGUACUGAGUUCGGCAGCAACCUGUGAGCUUCGUUGUGCAUCUGCCGUGCUUCGUUCUCUUUCGUGUGUCGUAGGAACCGUACGGAACCGCAGUCACUCUGAACUGCUUUCCCUCUGGCUGCGCUGGGGAGUGUUCGCACUCAAAGUGUGUUUGGAUUAUUAUUUCCCCGUGUGUGCGCGUGCGUGUUUGCCGGCGCCUACCAUGAGCCUCAACCCCAACGCACCGUCCUUCGACCCCACCGCGAAGCCGUUCAUUCCGUCUUUCCUGCGGAACGACCCGCUUGAGCCCUACGUCCCGCCGGUGUACCAGGCGGCUCCCCUGUUUGCGCCGCAGCUGGGCAGCCUGGCGAGCGGCGCCGUCGGGGAGGAUGACAUCCCACUCGUCUCGGGUUUUAAGCGGAACAGCAAGGUGGCGCUGCCCACGCCCGACGCGCAGGAGACACCGACCAGCGCGGGUGCAGGUGGUCCCGGCGUACGCAAUGCCUCGUCGAUGAGCCCUGCGAGUACGGCCACCGGCACCGUCCAGCAGCAGCAGCAGCAGCAGCCGAUGUGGCGCCAGCAGCCCUCGCUGCCCGGCACCGCCAGCGCGUUCCCAUCUCGUCCACCGAACCCAAACGGCCCUGCCGCCACGAUGGGCGGCAGCGUGAAUGCCUCCCUCAACGCGAGCACCGGUGGACGUGUCAACUCGCACGCAAGUCUCUCCAGCGCCAGCGCACCAGACGGAGGGGCAGAGAAGCAAGAGCUCGAUCAGCCCCCCUUCCUUGGGUGGUCCAUGCGGCGGCAGGCCUCCACGAGCCCGUCCAGCACCCAACUCGGCAUCCAGCAACAGAGUCCCACCAGCCGCUACACCGUCCAGCAGCCUGCAGCACCGAUGCAGCUGUCACCUGCGUCGCUCUCCCGUUCCCAAGACCGCGCCGGUCUCUCCCUGGGGGCCCAUCCCUUCUCUCCUCCGUACGGCGGCGGCGGCGGGACGCACUCGCCCAACUUGCCCAGCGGCGGUCCGAUGUCGCAGCCACACUCACCAUCGCAGAUUGCACCGCCACAGCCUCGGCAGCAGCAGCAACAGCAGAGCUACCCGUCCAAGAUUGCGCCUGCGGUGCCCCGAAGUGCGCAGGAGCGACAGGCGGCAGCAGCAGCAGCAGCAGCGGCGGCGGCGGCCUCUGGAGCUGGCACGUCUUCCAAUAAUACAAAUGCGAACACCAGCCCGUCUGUCAGUGGCAACUUCCUGGACAAGUCGCCGUCCCUUCCCGGAUCGCAGCAACCGUCUCCGCCGCAGUUGCAGCGCGGCCCGUCAUCUCCCGGUGUGCCGGCGCCGCGGUCGGAGGUGUUUCAGCAACAGCAGCAACAAUUACAGCGCCAGCAACAGCAAACAGCCAGCACCACCACCACCGAGCCCGCCUCCCCUCCACCGGCGCCGGUACGAACGACGCCCAGCCCAAACAACGACGCCCCAGUCAACAUACCCCCGCGCAUCACCUCCGCGCCCAUGUCACGAAUGAUGCGCACAGGUGCUGGCGUCGGUAAUCCUUCCACCUACUCGCUCGCCGCCGCUAUGAACACUGCCGCGCCCUACCCCGGACUCGCAAAGGGAUUAGUAAGCGGUGCUCACCCCUCCCCCUCGACUCUACCGCCGCCGCCGCCACCACCACCCCCGCAGCUGCCGCGUGCGCCGCCAAGUAUGGCCGGGGUCGGCGCCACCGGGUACCCCAACAAUUUGCCUAACAGCGGCAGUUCCGCCGCGGGGCCGACCCAGUCGUCUGCGCACGGCUCGCCGUCCGCAUCGUCGCCGAUUUCCACUCGCCCCAUUACGGUGUCUGCGGUUGCAGCCGUCGCUGCCGCUGCCCCUCGUCGUGGCGGCCUCACCGGCUGGCGCCCGCCCCAGUUCGGUCGCAAGGCUGCCCCCACCAACGCGAACCCCCUCGUGGUGCUCAUCUUUGGCUGCCGCGGCUCUGGCAAGACGACGCAGGCCGAAAACGUUGCGGAGCGUUACCAUCUCCUGCACCUGUCCUCGGGCGACAUGUACAAGGAAGGCAAGCAGCCCUACGUCGAGGUGGAGCAGGCGGUGAAGGAGCACUUUGGCCCGGAUGCGAAGGACCGACAGUACAACGGCGUCGUGCUGGAUCGCUUUGUCGCGACGGGUGAGAUGGACGCGUACUACCUGCAGGCGUCGCUCAACGUAUGCAACCUACCCGUUCCCAUCGUGUUCUGGCUACAGCUGGACCCCAAGGAGGGCAUCAAGCGGGCCCAGCAGCGCGGCGACCAGAAGGCGGGGGCCGACCACUGGCGCUACGUGGAGCAGCGCGCGCAGGCCGAGGUGGCCGAUCAUGUGUUCAAAAAGAUCGGCGUCUUGCACCCCAUUGACUGCAACAUGAUGGAUGCGCGGCGGGCGUGGGAGCGCAUUCACAGCAUCAUCGACGGCCUGUUCCCCACACGUAGCCGCAACAUCCGCCUGCCCGUUGCCACCCCGGUGCCCGGGUACGAGCACUUUCAUCUGUUGGACGACUACAGCGACUUCCAGCAGCUGACGAAGGAGGUGCACGCGGCGAUCGGCAACACCGCUGGGCGCACCGACAGCGCCCCCCUCUCCAGCAUCGGCGGCUACGUCGACGCGAGCUCCUUUGCCAACCGCAGCGAGUGCAAGAAGAUGUCGAGUAUGUACGUCACCCUCAAAGUGGAUGGUCAGCGCUUCCUCAUCGUGAAGCACGGCCACUUUGGCGUGCUCGGCUUCCCGUUUCUCUUCACCGGCUGCUACGACUUCAACGUCCUCUUCGACUCGCUGGCGUUCCCGAGCGCGUACGACAUGGUCGACGCACGCCAGGACGAGGCGGUCGGAAUUGAGUGGAUGCUCGACGCGGAACUCAGCACGACCGGCGAUUCGGAGCACCCGGAGCCGAUUCUGCACAUCAUCGACUUUGUCUACUUCGGUGGCAAGCAGGCGAAGCGCACGCUCUUUGCGGAGCGUUACGAGCUGCUGAAUAGGUGGUUCAAGGCGAUGAUCGACCACAGCGGCGAGGCCGGCGCCUACGCGUCGGUGGUGCUGAAGCAGUACGUGCCCAUUAACGAGCUGCCGACGCUGCUCCCUCGCAUGGAGGACGCGCCGUUCGCGGUGGAUGGUCUUGUGUUUCAGGCGAACAGCCUUUACAAGUUCGGCCUUGACAAGCUCCUGCUCAAGUGGAAGCCGCUGGAGCUCUGCACCGCCGACUUCCGUCUCAUGAACAGCAGAGAGGUGGACGUGGAAGAGGAGGACGGCUCGCCUGCGACGGAGUUUGAGCUGUACACGACCGAUAACGAGCGCGAGGUCCCCUACCCCGGCGCGGUGGGCUUGUUCUCUGAGGUGGAGGUGCGUGGCUUUCAGCUGCGCAACAGCGUUAUUGCCGAGCUCGAACUGGACACGGUGCGAGAAGGCACGAACGUCAAUGGACACCCGGAGACGAUCUGGAAGCUGCACCGCCUGCGCGCAGACAAACCCCGACCCAACAAGACGGCCGUGGUGGACAGCAUUGUCAGCCUGAAGCACCUCACCUACGAGGAACUGCUGGAGCAGUGCAAGGCGCUACACUUCACGGGGCAGCCGAAGAACUGA